AUGACCAGAUGGGCUCUGCUGGUGCUGAUGGUCCUGAUGUUGGGCAGGGUCCUGGUCCUUCCAGCGACCCCGAUCCCAGUCUACCAGCUCUCUUCUCACAAUUUUCCCCAGGCCACUUCUUGCUCUACGGCCUUGGAGAGGACUCUGGCCACCACCACAGGCCCCUCAGCUAGCUGGGGCCGUGCCAGCCCUGGCCCUCACCCUGGCCCACGUAUCACCCUCUCUCUGGAUGUCCCCCUUGGCCUUCUAAAGAUCCUGCUGGAGCAGGCACAAAUCAGGGCUGCCAAGGAGCGGGCUGCUGCCAAUGCCCGCAUCCUAGCCCAUGUUGGCCGCCGCUGA